AUGACUCCUGCUGUCUUCCUGGUAAUCCUGUGUUUGGGAGUUGUGUCAGGUGUUUCAGCAUUUGAUCUCAGUUUGGAUGUCGAAUGGGAAGAGUGGAAGAUAAAAUAUGAGAAGUCUUACACUCCGGAAGAAGAUGUACUGAAGAGAGCAGUAUGGGAAGAAAAUGUGAAAAAGAUUAAACUGCACAACAUGGAGAAUUCCCUGGGGAAGAAUACCUACACCAUGGAAAUAAAUUACUUUGCUGACAUGACUGAUGAAGAAUUCAAGGACAUGAUAAUUGGUUUUACAUUGCCAAUUAACGACACAGUGAGAAGUCCCUGGAAGCGUUCACUUCAUAGUAAUUUUCCUUACUCUUGGAAUUGGAAAGAUACUUUGCCCAAAUCUGUUAAUUGGGUCAAGGAAGGCUAUGUGACUCGUGUGAAUGAUCAGGGAAAUUGUAAGUCUUGUUGGGCUUUUCCUGUGGCUGGUGCCAUAGAAGCACAAAUGUUCAAGAAAACUGGUAAACUGAUCCCACUGAGUGUGCAGAACCUAGUGGACUGUUCUAAACCUCAAGGCAAUAGAGGUUGUAAUGGGGGUACUACAAACAGUGGCUUCAAGUAUGUUCUGGAGAAUGGAGGUUUGGAGGCUGAGGCAACCUAUCCAUACGAAGCAAAAGAAGGACUAUGCAGGUACAAUCCUAAGAAUUCAUUUGCAACAAUCGAAACAUUUGUGGCCCUUUCAGAAGAUGAAGAUGUCCUAAUGGAUGCUGUAGCAACUAAAGGGCCUGUUGCUGCUGGAAUUAAUGUUGUCUACAGUUCUUUACGGUUCUACAAAAAAGGUAUUUAUUAUGAGCCAAGGUGCAAACAUCUUGUGAAUCAUGCAGUUCUGGUGGUUGGCUAUGGAUUUGAGGGAAAUGAAACAGAUGACAAUAACUACUGGCUGAUUAAGAACAGCUGGGGUAAAAAAUGGGGAUUGGGCGGAUAUAUGAAGAUCGCCAAAGACAGAAACAACCACUGUGGAAUUGCAACAUUUGCUCAGUAUCCUAUCGUGUGA